AUGUAUAUGCUCCAGGGGCUUCAAUUUGAUGAUGGUCGGUGGCAAGGCGAGACGAUGGAUUUCGUAAAAGUCUUUGGCCACCUAUGGCGAGAUGAUAUGAUAGGUUGCCACCCUUCCGUACCAAAGGCGAUCGUGACUUUGAGCGGCUCUGUGUUUGGGCGAACGCUGCGAAAGUGGCACGUUUGCGUAGGGGCGCGAAGUUUCGUUGUCGCACUUGGUGCGGCCCGCCAGCAUCACCGCAGCAACACUCCACUACCUGAGCACGUGCUGCAAAAGCUCUACGAACAACUAAGACCUUACCGCUUCCUCAUGGUUUUCAUGAAGCCAACGGUCCAGAUGAAGAUGGAGUGUCCUGAUGACGCCCGGCUUCCGUCGGACGUCGUUUCAGUAGGCUUGGACUUUGGCACAACAAACACUGGCGUUGCCUACCAGCAUGCUAUGUGCGACCAGCCUCUCAAGGAUAUCGAACUUCGCAUCCGCAACGUCCGAGGUUGGCCAGAUCGCCACGGCCCAAACCAUGACGAGAGCAAGGUGCCAACGAUACUUCGAUACGACAAACAAGGCAAGGUUGUUUCGUGGGGCUAUGAGGCAAUCGGUGGGGACGGAAUUGCUAUCGAAUGGUUCAAGCUCGCCAUUAUCCCCGCCAAGGAUCUUCCCCCGAAUCUUCGAAACGCCGUGAAGCUCAAGGAAACAAGGAAGACUUUGACCGAUAUGAACGUCAAUGUGACUAAGGUCAUUGAGGACUACAUUACGAUUAUCUGGAAAUAUGCGCGGGGCGAGAUGGAGAAAUUUCUCAGGCGCCGAAUUCUUCAAUCUAUCCCGAUCCACGUCGUGAUCGCAAUCCCAGCUAUGUGGGGAAAUCAAGCCAUCGAUACGAUGAAGAAUGCUCUAGCAUCAAACAUCCUGGCAUCGUCUAUAGAGCAGCAAGUUACAUACAACUUCAUCUCGGAGCCCGAGGCAGCUUUACAGGCAUAUGCGAAGGAAUUGCAGGCCAAGCUCGAUGUGGGCGAGCUUGUCACGGUCGCAGAUCUGGGUGGAGGAACGGUCGACAUGAUCUCCUACAAAAAGGUAGGCGAAGGUGCAAAAGGCUUUCACCUGCAAUUGGAAGAGGCCGUUGCGGGAGAAGGCGCUCUUUGUGGCGGCAUGUUUGCGGAUGAGGCAUUCGAGAAGCUUCUUUCAGACCGUCUUUGGACAGAACACAAAUUGAACAUCAAGAGGGAUGAUCCAGAGGCCUGGAGAAGGAUCAUUUCCGAGCAGUGGCACAACAUCAUCAAGCCCACCUUUACCUGGAAGGCGACCGGUCAGAUCUGGCCUGUAAUCUUUUCGAACUUUCCCACCAAGAAGGUGGAUUUGACUGAGGACGAUGUCCGAGAUGUUUUUGAGAGCUCGGUUAUGCCGGGAAUCUUUAAUCUCAUAAAUCAGCAGAUCAAACAACUCAAGAAGGAACAUAACGGUAGAGGCCCGGGCAUAAUCAUCCCCGUCGGCGGUUUUGGACGAUGCCUGUACAUCCAUCAAAGACUACGCGAGGAGUUUGGUGGCGCCCAACCUCCCUCCAAGAAAGGCGAGCGCAACCCCAAGAAGAAAAAGAAGACGAAUGAUUCGGAGAUCGAAAUACUCACCGAGAAGGGCGACUUCCCGUCGACAGCCAUCUCUCGAGGCGCUUGCUUGGCUGGCAUAUACGCACAGCUUGGGGAAACCAUCGUGAUGAGUCGAAAAGCAAGGACCAGUGUGGGCUUUCCAUACAGUGUCCCCUGCCUGCCAUGGCAUCAGGGAGCGAUACAAAACAAGGACUUUGGUGGCUACGGCGAUACUUUAACCGAGUCUGGAAAAGACUCAACGCAAGCCAUGUACCUGCCCUGUGAUUUCCAGGGCAGAGGCACCCGGACCGAGACCUCGACCUUCUACGCAUACGACGGCGAGCAUCCCCCGGAGCGACUUGACUUCAGGGAUGAGAAAUUCCAAGACUACGGCGUCAUGUCCAUCACGGCCUCCAAGUCGAUCGAGGAGCUCCCUAUAUUCGACUCGGGCGCUGAGAGAAGACGAAAUUUCGACUACAACUUGCGGGUCAAGCUUAUUGGUGGCUCGAUAGACAUCACUGCUACCUCAGCCCAUCCUGAUGAUGAAGGGAAGGAGGUUGGAAAAGUGGUUUUGUCGGGUCUUGAGGAGACUUGA